AUGAGUGGAAUAGCAUUGAAGAUAACAGCACUUUUAAUCCGCACGAUAUCGAAACCAAUUUCAAAAGCAAUAACGAAUAGAGCAACCUCGAAUGAAUUUUUCCGACAACAAUGUAUAGCAUUUGCCAACUAUUUACAUCGUACAGAUGUCAAACUUCGAAUGAACCUAUUGGGGGAAAAGAAGAUCAGAGUGAGACCGUUGAAUGACAACAAGGCCAUUGAACAAGGAGCAACAUUCAUCUCGGAGGCGUUUUUAUUUAGCGUUGCUGGCGGAUUAAUCUUUUAUGAGGCUUAUCGGAGCAGGAAGAAAGCUACAAAUCAAAGAGAAGCACUUGCUGAUGACAUUGCGGUGCUACAGAGCGAGAUUGAGUUUAUCAAGGACAAAUUGGGCACUAUGAAUAUCCGAUUGGACGACUACAAGGUUCCUGAUGGGUACAAGCCCAAGUAUGUCAAGAUUGGCAAUCAGAAUGAGGACAAGAAUGAUGGCACGUCAUUGUCACCACCACCGUCGCUGUCGCCGUCGUCGCUGUCGCCGUCGACUUCUAAACUAUCAUCACCACCACCACCAUCAAACAAGUAG